AUGUUCUCGUCUCCCGAUCCUUACGGUCCUACUGACGAAGAACUGUCGCAAGUCAAGUCUUCGCCUCCUGCGGCCAAGUUGCAGAGAUAUCUUGUGGCUCCUCUUCGAGUCGAUUGGCUCAUCGAAGUUCAACUCCUCCUUCUCACAUUCAGCACCGGUAUUCAAGAUGCCAUCAGCUUUCCGGACUUCCAUUGUUUUGCGUCUAAUCAGACGGGCAACUCUGUGGUCCUGGCAGUCGGGUUAGCGGGAAUGGGCGGCGACCUGUUCAAUGUCCCCAAUAUUGGAACAAGUCUCGGAUCCUUCAUCGCAGGUGCCAUCAUCACGGGACAGAUUGGCAACAUCGUUGGGCCACGGCGGCGGGCAUGGCUGUUCCUGUCGAACCUAUCUCAGACGGUGAUGGUCUUUGCAGCGGCCGCAAUUCAAUUCUCUACCGGGGUCCGCGUUUCUGGAGGUUAUGCCCUCGGGGCUAUGACCCUCCUCGCCUUUUCAUCCGGGGCUCAAGUCGCAUGCAUGCGCCCUAUGCGGAUACCGGAGAUUACCACUGCCAUGGCGACCGCUGCGUGGGUUGACCUUGUCGUCGAUCCGCAGCUCGUCGCCAUUCAUAAUCACCCGAGAGACCGACGAGCACUGUUUUUGGCAGCUUUGGUCGCCGGCAGUUUCGCCGGCGCUUUCAUGCAUCGUGGAAUUGGCUCCGCAAACGCCCUCGUCAUCUCAGCAGUCGGCAAGCUUGUGGUCACCCUUAGCUUGCUGUUCAACCGAGAACAGCCGCGAGACGAAGAAGGCGGACAGAUGCCCUGA